CUUUUAGAUCAGACAAAAAAGAAACCAGGAAGUAAGGAGGAAUUAUUACAGUCCGUCCAGCUCAGGAUGUUAAAGGCGAUAACCUCCACGGCCUGGUUAUUCAUUAGCAAAAAGGAAAGCUCGGGGGAGAGCAGGGCCAGUGCAGCUGUUGGCUUGAAGCAGGGUGAGAGCCGCUGGAGCAGGCCAGAUCGGGAGCUUUGGCCCGGAGUUAGUAUCCGUCUUUUACUAACUUUUUCUUGGGACAGAGGGACAGCGGGCUGUUCUUUGUUCUCAGAAGUCUGCUUAAAUAAACCCCGCCAUUUAUUUUAUUUACCUUUGGUGCCUGAGCAGUCAGGAAGAAGUACCUUCCCACUGGCCCUCCUGUCCAGUCCCUGCUUGAUCUUGCCCCAGGGCAGCAGCUACAAACAGAAAGCCAGCUGUGAGUCUGUCUUGGCCAAGCCCAGAUCUGCCGGAGAGAUUCGAAGCGGGACUCUAUCCCCUCUGCACAGUAUGGUGAGUUGGAGCUGAUCUGGAAGCUGCCUGGUGGAGGAAGACAGUGGAUCUGUACAGCCUGUGGGGAGAGGGACAUCCUCUCCCCUACUCCCAGCCAGGGCACCAUGGGCAGCGUCUGUGUGAGACUCUGGGCAUACAUGCAGCCUCUUCUCCCUUGCUGGUCCCAAGAGCCAGACAAGUCAGUGGUGAUUGAGAAUCCGGGGGCCUGCUGUCCCCCAGAGGCUCCGAGCUCACAGGAGCUGGAGAGAAGCCCUGGCCACUACUUUGUGGCUCUGUUUGAUUACCAAGCGCGUACUGCAGAGGACCUGAGCUUCUGUGCAGGUGACAAACUCCAAGUCUUGGACACUUCGCAUGAGGGCUGGUGGUUGGCCAGACAUUUGGAGAAGAAGGGAGCCGGCUUGGGUCAGCAGCUGCAGGGCUACAUUCCUUCCAAUUACGUGGCAGAGGACCGGAGUCUCCAGGCAGAGCCGUGGUUCUUUGGAGCAAUCAAAAGAGCAGAUGCAGAAAAGCAGCUACUGUAUGCGGAAAACCAGACGGGCGCCUUUCUAAUCAGAGAGAGUGAAAGCCAGAAGGGGGACUUUUCCCUCUCAGUUUUAGAUGAAGGUGUCGUCAAGCACUACAGGAUCCGAAGGCUGGAUGGGGGCGGUUUUUUCCUUACCAGGAGGAAAGCCUUUUCGACCUUGAAUGAGUUUGUGAGUUACUACACCACAACAAGCGACGGCCUGUGUGUCAAGUUGGAAAAGCCAUGCUUAAAGAUACAGGUCCCAACUCCUUUCGAUUUGUCUUAUAAAACCGUGGACCAGUGGGAGAUAGACCGCAACUCCAUACAGCUUCUGAAGCGACUGGGAUCUGGCCAGUUUGGAGAAGUUUGGGAAGGCCUGUGGAAUAAUACCACUCCUGUGGCUGUAAAAACAUUAAAACCAGGUUCGAUGGAUCCAAAUGACUUCCUGAGGGAGGCACAGAUAAUGAAGAGCCUGAGACAUCCAAAGCUUAUCCAGCUGUAUGCUGUUUGCACUUUAGAAGAUCCAAUUUAUAUUAUUACAGAGUUGAUGAGACAUGGAAGUCUGCAAGAAUAUCUCCAAAGUGAUGGUGGGUCAAAAAUCCAGCUGACUCAGCAGGUAGACAUGGCGGCACAGGUGGCUUCAGGAAUGGCCUAUCUGGAGUCCCAGAACUAUAUCCACAGGGAUCUGGCUGCAAGAAAUGUUCUUGUUGGUGAACAUAAUAUCUACAAAGUAGCAGAUUUUGGACUUGCAAGAGUCUUUAAGGUAGAGAAUGAAGACAUCUAUGAAUCUAAACAUGAAAUAAAGCUGCCAGUGAAGUGGACUGCGCCUGAGGCCAUUCGUACUAAUAAAUUCAGCAUUAAGUCUGAUGUGUGGUCUUUUGGAAUCCUUCUCUAUGAAAUCAUUACUUACGGCAAAAUGCCGUACAGUGGUAUGACAGGUGCUCAAGUAAUUCAGAUGCUGAGUCAAAACUACAGACUACCACAGCCAUCGAACUGUCCACAGCAGUUCUACAGCAUCAUGCUGGAGUGCUGGAAUGCAGAACCUAAGCAGCGGCCCACAUUUGAGACCCUGCACUGGAAACUUGAAGACUACUUUGAAACAGACACUUCAUAUUCAGAUACAAAUAAUUUCAUAAAGUGAACACCAAGAAGAAGAAACACAACAAAGACGUGAAGAAAAUCAGAAUCAUCAGUCCAUAAAUACAAUGUUAUAAACCAACUGUGAAAUCAGUUUCUUUUGACAUAUUCAGGUGGUAGGGUGAACUCAGCCAUGUGUUAUAUAUUAAAAAAGAUUAUCUGUGUAUUUUAUUGACUGGGGAGCACUGCAGGACAGUCUAAGAUGUAUGUCAUUUUCUCACUGCCUGGUACAAUCAAACACGCUAAAUGAAGUUAUUUUUUUUCCUUUUAAGAACUACUCACAUUUCUAUUUAUUGUUGGAAAUGCCGAUCAAGAGAAUCAACAGAUGAUAGUUUUUACUCAGUAACUGUUGUAGCAUUUUCCUGUUUACUGAUUAGAAUGGUUAUUCAUUAUUCCUCAAAUCGCUGAAUCCCAUCAGGCUGUUAUUAUGAAGGAAUCUGAUUGCUCUGUAGCACAGCAGGACCUGUGCUUGGAGAUUUUUUUCCCUCUCUUUUAAAAUAUCCUGUAACUACAAUGAUGGCAAAGCCAUGUUAAAUGACUUGAUUGUACUUGAAGUAAUUGCACAUAGUUUUCCUAUGCAUAAGAAAAUGAAGCAGCUGUUGAGAAAAAGAAUUAAAAUCUUUCUCAUUUUGUAGAAGGAAA